AGAGAAAAUGACACAAAGAACACUAAAUGAAGUUUUCCUCCCCAAACUAGCACUCAGGAUCAGAAUUCACAAAAAUAGGUUUCAUUAAAGGGGCAAUUUACCCUUAUGCCCCCUUCUUUAACUAAUUUAAAAAACAAAUUUGAAAUCAAUUUGUCGCCGUCCUCGUUUCAUCGCUUCUUCUUCUCGUCUCUCCGUCGUCGUCGUCGUCGUCUCUCCGUCGUCGUCUCCCCGUCCUUGUCGUCGUCGUCUCUCCGUCGUCGUCGUCGUCGUCGUCUCUCCGUCGUCGUCUUCGCCUCUCCGUUGAUCCGUCGUCGUCGUCUCUCCGUUUAUUUAUCGUCGUCGUCGUUUCUCAAUUGAUCUGUCGUUUCUACGUCUAUUCAUCUCAUUCUCUCUCUCGUGUGUCUGAUUUGAUUAAGGUUUGAAUCAUUUCAUUUUGUUAUACAUUAUCUAGGUUUUGUUAUAUAUUAUUCAUUUGUUGAUGAUUUGAAGUUGAUUUUGUAGAACAAUGGAAGUUUUGUGCAUCUGUGGACAAUGGAUCUCAAAAGAAUCUCUCCAGUGGGAGUUUCUUGUUGAUUUGAAGAGGAAUGCAUCAAUCAUUUCCAUAGAAGAAGAUCUACUGUAUGAAGAUUUGAUGAAGAUUGUCUCUGAAGAUUUUAGUGUUAAAGAGGAAGAAAUCAGUUUGAGUUAUGGUUUUUCAUUGGAUAUGAAAUGUAUUAUUGAAAGUUUCCCCCCACUCUCGAUAGGUAAUACUCGUCAGCUCAGAACUUUCAUUUCCAAGACUAGAGCAUUUGAUGGAACCUGUCGUUUGUGUGUUAAGGUUAGUACUGAUCCAGUUAGCUGUAACACUCAAGCUUCUGAUACAUUUGCUUCUACUGUUCCAUUGAAUGCCAAUCCAGCGAUUCUUUCUACUGUGCAGAGUGAAAAACAGAGUCUUCUAUAUGAAGGUGUUUCUACAGUUCCUCUGAAUGCUCUUCCGGAUUUUAGUACUGAUUCAGCUAGCUGUAACAUUCAAGCUUCUGAUACAUUUGCUUCUACUGUUCCAUUGAAUGCCAAUCCAGUGAUUCUUCCUACUGUGCAGAGUGAAAAACAGAGUUUUCUAUAUGAAGGUGUUUCUACAGUUCCUCUGAAUGCUCUUCCGGAUUUUAGCCCUGUCCAUAUUGGACUUUCACCAAACACGAGAGUAGCUGGCGAUAUUAAGGUGAAUAGCUAUUUUAAGACAAAGAGAGAGUUGAUGUUGAGGAUGAAGAAAUGGGCUUUAGAGUGGAAGUUUGAGUACAAGACUGUCUCUUCUAACAAGUCAAGAGUGCUUUUGAGUUGUGUUGAUGAAAAUUGCACGUGGAGGAUGCGUGCUAUCAAGCUACCUGUUUCAGAUUUUUUCGUUGUUAAAAAGUAUGUUCAUGAGCAUACAUGCGAUACAACACACAGGAAAGCCAACCACAGACAAGCAUCUGCAAAGUUGUUGGGUUCUUUGAUUUCCAGCAAUUAUGGAGAAAAAAGGAAGGUCUCAAACCGAAACAGAUCAUUGAACAGGUCAGGAUGCUGCAUGGUGUUCACAUCAAUUACAAACAAGCUUGGAGAGUGAGAGAAGAAGCUCAGAUUUUGGUUAGAGGGACUCCUGAAGACAGCUAUUACAAUUUGUCUAGGUGGUUGUAUAAAAUCACAGAAACAAACCCUGGUUCCUUGACUUAUCAACAUGUUGAUGCUGCAGGAAAGUUCAAGUAUGCAUUUGUGGCUUUUGGUCCAUCGAUAAGGGGAUUUUCAUUGAUGAGGAGAGUUAUUGCAGUAGAUGGUACAUUUCUGAAGGGAAAAUUCAAUGGGACUUUAUUGGCAGCUUGUGCUCAAGAUGGGAAUUAUCAUCUAUAUCCUCUCGCCUUUGCAGUGGUUGACGCAGAAAACGGCGCCUCUUGGAAAUGGUUCUUUAGAGGUUUGAGCCAGAAGAUCCCGGACGCUUCGGAUCUUGUUUUUGUAUCAGACAGGGCUAACUCCAUUUCUUCAGCGUUGGAGGAUGUAUAUCCCUUAUCUCACCAUGGAAUUUGCAGGAUCCAUCUGCUCCGCAACAUCACUCCUACAUAUGCGAAGACUGGGUUGCUACCUCUGGUGGAAAGCGCUGCUGAUGCCUAUACGUGUCACGAGUUCUGGUUAAUCUUCAAGGACAUAAAGGAUAAAUGUCCUGAAUUGGCUAAGUAUCUGGAAGAGUCUGAUUUUAGGAAGUGGGCACGAAGCUAUGCGCCUGCGAACAGGUAUAAUAUCAUGACUACCAACAUUGCAGAGUCUCUCAAUUCUAUGUUGAAGAUGCCUCGUGAGUUGCCCAUUAUCUCUCUCCUUGAAACUAUCAGAUUGACGAUGACCACUUGGUUUUUUGAGCGACGCGAAGCGGCUGCGAAACAUAAGCACCUGGUUACUCCAAAAGUUGUUCAGAAAUUGGUAUCUAGGUUAGGGGCCGCAAUGUUGUUGAAUGUGUAUCAAGUUGAUCGAAGCGAGUUUGAGGUGAAGAAUGAAACAAUGAAGUUUGUUGUUGACUUGGAGAAGCGGCAUUGCACAUGUAAUGUUUUCGACAUUGACAAGAUCCCCUGCAUCCAUGCCAUCGCUGCUGCUAAGCAUAUCAAGAGAGAUGAAAACCGUUUUGUUGAUGCUUCUCACUUGACAGAAACGUGGGCUAAAGCUUAUGCUGAAAGCAUACAUCCUGGUGGAGAGUUGUCAACGUCCACCUAUCCAGAGAAUAUUGAUGAACUGUCUUGCCCACCUCCAGCUACCAAAAAGAAAAGUGGACGCCCUCCUACAAAGAGAAAGAGAUCCGUUGGCGAGUUUGGGGUUCCUGGAUCUAAAUCUCAGUCCCACAAGUGCAGCAGAUGUGGCACAGGAGGGCACAACAAGAUCACAUGCCAGAGGCCUAUAGGAUGAAGUUCUACAUUUUUACAUUUUUAUCGAUUAUUAUUUGGAUGUUUGGCUAUUUGAUGGUUACAUGAUAUGCACAAGACCAUAUACAUUUUUUCUUUUGGAACCCUAUCCUGAAUAAGUAUGAUUUCUUACAACUUUUGUAAUAUACAACAUUAUCUUUUGAUCUCAUUUCAAUUUUUAGUUUAAACUUCUUUGCUAGAAAAAAACACAGUAAUAUUCAACUAUUCUGGAAUCCCAUCCAACUUUUGUAACAUCCAACUUUUGUAAUAUACAAUGUAUUAUACUAUAAAUUGUAUGGGUAAAUUCAAUUAUGUGGAAGCAACUAACAGAUGAUUCUCCUCAGCCUAGCGGCUAAACCACGAAACCUAUGAUACCGAAACAUUUGAUCGACCCGGGU